UUGAUAUCAGUAAUAAAACUAGCUCAAACUAAUAAUUCAUUUUCUCGUUUUUUUUACCUUUUCCAGUUGAACAAUGGAUUCCCAGAAGUAUCAUUUGUUAAUGAAAUUCGUAAUGAUGUAUUCAUCCAAGCAUUACACCCUGAUAAUAAUAUUGCGUCUUGUGGCGUCACAUCGCUUCGCAGAAGAGUCAAUAUAUCAGGUUCGAUGAUACCUCUCAACGAAAGUGGUACCACUGCAAUUUAUGCUGAAGAUCAAAUGAAUCAUCAUCUGUGCUCAAAUUCGUCUGCCUCCAACAGCACUCGUUCUACAUCUAUCGUAAAUACGAUACCGUCACCCACACUAUUUGCAGCUCGUUCAAGAGAAUCGGAAAUCAUUACAGAUCAUGAUGAUUCAUCUCUGUAUGCCGUUUGUCAGAUAUGUCAGAGUAAGAUCAUGGCUAAUCGUCUCUCUAACUUGACAAAUCAUGUCCGACGUCAUGCACUUCUCAAGCAAUUUCAGUGCAUUCAUUGCAUCUACACUCAUAAUGAAAUAGCUAAAGUUCGUCUUUUGAUCCUUGUUCAUCUUUUUCUUGGUGUUCGUCUGCAUAUGCAGAAUAACCAUAACGAUUAUAUAAGUCAGCCUUUGGAUGUCUUAACGCCUGAAAUGCAGCACCAAUGGGAUUUAUUAAUGGACCAGUGUUUCCCAAACUAUUCCAAGUUCUCAAUAAAUAAAUGCAUGGGAAGUCAACGCCCACAGGGCAGCAUUUCAUAUCCAUGCGUCGAAUGUAAUAAACAGAUUAAUGUUGAUUUUCUCAUUGAUCACCUUGAUAAAGUGCAUAAACGUGAUUGUAUUCCUUAUUGCUGCGGACAAUGUGGAUAUCCAAAUGCGGAUCAAAGAGAUGGAUUGUCUGAUUUGGAUAAUAGGCUUAGGAAUUAUUGGAAGGUCCGUCUUCAUAUCAUGCUGAAGCAUUCAGAAAUUGCAGCAGAAGUGGACAUUGUUACAAUGGAAGCUGGAAGUAACCCUCUCAUAUUUAUUCACAAAUAUUUUCCUGAUACACCAACCACAGUAGCAGUCAAGGAAGAAGAGAGCCAGUUGUUGAAAGAGCUCGAAAGCAUGUCAUCAAGAAACGAACAAAGGAAUGAAUUUUUUGAUAUUAAUCUGACUGUGAUUAAUGGAAAUAGCAGUGAUUUAAAGGACGUUAAAUGUGAGAUCUGCCAACAAGUGCUCCCGGAUUGCGAGUCAGUUUCGUCGUUGAUUAAUCAUAUUAAACGACAUUAUUGCUUGAAAGAAUAUCAAUGUCCAGAGUGCCCAUAUGCCAGUAGUGAAGCAGUUCAUGUUCGAAUUCAUAUGACACUUAGACAUCCACAAGUCAAGGGUAGACCCAUUUAUAACAAUCGAUACAGCUCAUGUUCUAGUAGUAAAACGUUACAAGAUGCCUGGACCGAACUGAUACGCCAGUGUUUUCCUACACUGUUUCCAAAAAUCGAUCAGCUUCGAUUCAAAUAUUCGCAAAGUGAAGAUGGUAGUGAGGGAGAGGGAACAAUAGAAAAUGAAAAUGACGAGUCAGUCGCGCAUAAGAGGAGCACAAAUGAGAGUAUUCGAUUAUCUCCUGAUCGGAAACAACAAAAACUACAAGAUGAACAAGCCGAUGAUGACACAGAGUGAUA